AUGUUGGGUGAGAAGGCUUUGCGUUUGAGGGUCUGCGACGACCUGAGGCUGAGCGUUGCGACUUGGGCUGAGGGUGAGACGAGCCUCGAAGAUCGAGUUGGAGGCCGAGGCGAAUUAGCUACCGAUAACCGCCGCAUGGAUGCAGUUACGCGAACGACGGGGGCGCCGCUAGGCGAGAGAGGAGGCAGGACGUCGCUGUCGGUUGAGGCUGAAACAGAGGAGGUUGGCGCAUUCGAGUCGCCUUCCGUGACCGAGUCCCUGGGGGCGGCAGUUCCUGAAGUGUCCAUUAGACUUUCGGAAGAAGAAGAAGGAAAGGUAUUUGAAGAAAAAUGGGCUUCUGCUGACAUGCAGGCAGAUGAAUUAUUCCUUGUAACGGCCGCUACGCGACGUGUGGGAGGACCCACGGAAUGCCUGGAAGGACCAUCGGGGUCCGGAGGUUGCGAUGUAGAAGGCGGAUCACCCGUGUCGACAGAAAGCGCUAGAAAGAAUAUUCGGGCCUACUCAAGUUUUCUGAAACGUAAAUGA